AUGCACGUCUCAUUCAACACUGGCCUGCUUUGGGCCGCCUGGCAUAUCUCCCUGGCAAAUGCCAUUGUCAAGCACGGGAUCGUUGGCAUGGGAAUUAACAUGUACAAGCCUUUCUGUUGUAAUGCCUGUUUUGAUACCUUGUCGCCUCUCCACCUCUCCUGUACGAACGAUGAAAAUGUCACAUAUGCUGCUUGUAGAGCAUCAAACAAGCCGUGGCUGGAGACACUAGCUUACUGCUUUGAGCAAAAAUGUGCUGACGAUGGCCUCUCCACCUCUGAGACAGGCCAGUGCUGGAUCAAAAUGGCUGCGGAAGGACUUGCUGUGCCACCAUUUCAGGCGAUUGUGCCAGUCAGCGCCCCUGCUGUUGAGCUCAGCGACGAUGCCGUAUUCUUAAAGACGUCAAGCCGAGUUAAUGAGGCGGUUUAUGAAAUGACACACGAGUCCUAUGAGGAGUGGGAAUAUGAAGAGGACAUGCACAGUCGCACAGCAAUUCCUGUUCCCCAAGUGCUAGGGUUGAAGAUCUCGCAGUACGUAACCACGCCAGCACUCUUUAAUUCGAGGCAUCGCAAUCCCUUGCCAUAUUAUAUUGGCUAUAUGCCUUCUCGCAGCCUCUCCUUGGUUAUCGUUCUGUACAUUGCCCUCAACAUUACUUUCUCCCUUUUACCAAUUGCAAAUCCGUGGAAACAUAUAAAUUAUCCGACACCAAGACAGGAAAUCGCAGCCUACUUUGCCAACCGCGUCGGUGUCCUGAGUUUUGCCAACAUCGCGCUUGCAGUCCUUUUCGCUGGUCGUAACAAUCCCUUGAUGCUGAUCGCCGGGUUCGAUCAAACGGCAUGUUUCACCUUUCAUCGAUGGGCUGCGCGAGUAGCAACUGUACAAGCUAUCAUUCAUUCCAUCCUUUUCACCCUCUAUUACACUUGGGAUGGAGGAUAUGCGACGUACGCGACAGAAGCGGCUAAGGCAUACUACUGGUGGGGUAUAAUUGGUACUGUUGUCUUAUGCCUUGCUAUCACAUCUGCAGUUCUCGUGGUUCGCGUUCGAUUCUAUGGGCUGUUCCUGGUCACUCACAUUGGGUUGGCCAUGCUCGCUUUGAUCGCCUGCUGGUACCAUAUAAUCGAACGGUAUUCAAAAAAUUGGGGAUACGAAGUGUGGCUCUAUAUCUCAUUCGCAUUCUGGGGGUUUGACCGGUUCGUUAGGCUCCUUCGUAUUGGAAUCUACAACAAUAUCUGGCCUAUCUCACAGUCUAACGUCGAGCUGGUGGCUAAUAGCCAGUUUGUCAAAAUUACUGUCUUCCCCAAAAGAGCGUGGGACUUCAAGGCAGGUCAGCAUUGCUACCUGUACCUCCCAUCUGCUGGAAAGUUUUACGAAUCUCAUCCUUUCAGUGUUGCUGGCUGGGUUCGAGGCACAGCUGGGGCGGGAGAUCGGACGAUGGAACAGCCCAUCGAAUUGGCUGGAGCUUCAAAUGUUGUGGAAAAGAUUCCCAAUACUUCUGCCGCGACAGAUCAAGCCCAUGCAAAGCCGGAGGCUUCGUCGUCACCCAGCGUCUAUUUCAUCAUCCGACCAUCCAAAGGGGCCACGUUGCGGCUGCAUAAACAGCUAGUCGCGUCAUCUCAAAGGAUAAUCUCCAUGCCUGUGAUCAUUGAGGGUCCAUACGGCCAUGAACCCCCUCUCGGACGAGCGGAUCGAAUUCUAUGUAUUGCUGGUGGAAUAGGAAUUACGUCCAUCCUCUCCUAUGUCCAACGAUAUCUGGAAGACCGUUCUGCCAAGACUAGGUUGCUCAAGGCAGAAAAACUCGUGGUUGUAUGGUCCGCAAAAGAGCAGGAACUUAUUGACACUAUACGGGAGCAGAUACCAGCAAAUGGGACCGUCGAAGGCCUUGAGUUGCAAGUUAUAUGUACAGAAAAUACGAUCCCGGACAGGAGGAUGGACCUUAUGAGGACGGUCAGCAGAGAAGCUGAACAGGCCCAGCGCCUGGCAGUAGUAGUCUGUGGGCCUGGCCAAAUGGCUGAUGUGGCACGGAAAGCUGUAGUUUCAUGUUUAGCAGAUGGGCGCGUUGUUGAGUUACACGAGGAGGCGUUUGCCUGGUGA